CAUAUUCCAAGAAGUAGAGGAAAUUAACAUAGAAAUGGAAGGGGAGAUCCACAAUUUUAUUGUUGUAUGGGCUAUUGUCUUAACAAGUUUAUGUUACUCUCACACAAUUUCCAAAUUCAUUCCAAAAGGCAAAUCAAGAUUUGUGGCUAUAAUUCCAAUAGUUUGUCUAUUUUUCAUUCUUCAUCUUUAUCUCACCUCCAUUAUUCUUGGUGCCACUACUUUUUUCUUUAUUGCAGGGCUAGCCACUUCUAAGCUCAUUCUUUUUGCUUUUGGUAAAGGCCCUUUGUCAUCAAUCCCACCUCUACCACUUUCAACAUUCAUUCCCUUGGCUUGUUUGCCUAUAGAGUUACAAAAAUAUUCAACUAGUGAUAAUGUUACAACCAAAAAAAAGACCACAAAUUCAACUUUGAAACAUGUUACCAAGAUUGCACUUCUAGCCAUUUUGGUUAGGGUGUAUAGCUACAAGGACAAUUUGCAUCCAAAAAUAAUUCUCUUCCUCUAUUGCCUACACAUUUACAUCACAUUAGAGAUCAUAUUGAAUUUAGUUAGGGCCGUGGUAAGAAGGGUGAGUCGAGUCGACCUCAACCCACCCUUCGAUGAGCCUUACAUGGCUAGCUCGCUCCAGGAUUUCUGGGGCAAGAGAUGGAACCUUAUGGUAACUAAUAUGCUCCGUCUGACUGUCUACGAUCCUAUCCGUUUGAUUGUGGCGGACCGGAUCCCGAGCAUGUGGGCUCCAAUUCCGGCCGUGCUCGCCACGUUUUUUGCCUCGGGGCUAGUGCAUGAGCUGUUUUUCUACUACAUUAUUGGAAGAUUGAAGCCCAGUGGUGAAGCCAUGAUGUUCUUUCUCAUUCAUGGAGUGGCUUUGAGUCUUGAAAUUGUUAUUAAGAAAAUUUUCAAUGGAAAAUUUUUGGUUCCUAGGAUUAUUUCAGGUCCAUUAGCACUUAGUUUUAUAAUUUUCACAAGUUUUUGGUUGUUUUUUCCUCCUUUAUUAAGGGGUAAUACAGAGCUUAAAGUAUGUACCGAAUUUAUUGCUUUCUUUAAAUUUAUUAGGUAUGGUCAAUUAAUUAGUCCUACCAAUAUCACAUGUUAACUUUUGUAAGAAUAUUAAUUCAUGGUGGACUAAGGUUUGUAUGUGUUAUGCUAAAAUUAAUUUGAAUGCCAUGUGAAAGUUA